UUCAGUAUCAGUCAGACAAUGGCAUCUGCUUCACCUCCAUUGAAACAAGAACCGAGCGUGGAAGAGGAUGGACCGAAUCCCAAGCGAUCCCGCAUCGAUAGCCUGGACUCGCUCGGCCCGUACAUUAGCAGCAAGGAUAAUGGCAAAAACUUUACUUACAUUUCGGAAAUUCCACAGAGCUGCCAGGACGAGCCGUGCGUUUUAGGCGUGGAUGAAGCUGGUCGUGGGCCUGUUUUAGGUCCUAUGGUCUACGGAAUUGCCUUCAGUCCAAUCAGUAAAAAGGACGUCCUUAAAAAGUUGGGCUUUGCCGAUUCCAAACAACUGACGGAGGAGAAAAGAGAUCUUAUUUUCGACGAAAUGAAUCAGAAAGAUUAUGCUACGGAAAGCAUCGGCUGGGCCGUGGAAGUCAUAGCACCCAACGACAUCUGUAUGAGUAUGUUGCGCCGCACGAAGCGGUCUCUGAAUGAGGUAUCGAUGGACUCGGCCAUCGGUCUGGUACGCAAGGCCAUCGAGGCUGGAGUUAACAUUGCGGAAGUCUACGUCGAUACGGUUGGACCACCGGAAAAGUACCAAGCCAAACUGAAGCAAAUUUUUCCCAAGUUUAAAAUUACCGUCGCCAAGAAGGCCGAUAGCACCUAUCCGAUCGUUUCGGCUGCCAGUAUUUGCGCGAAGGUCAGCAGAGACCAUGCCCUGAAGGUUUGGACAUUCCGCGAGGGAAUGGAACCGGGUAUCAAGUUUGGAAGCGGCUAUCCAGGCGAUCCGGUUACGAAAAAUUUCCUGGGAACCUACGAGCUGGUGUUCGGUUACCCUCGACUGGUACGUUUUAGUUGGUCGACGGCCGGAAAGGCUUUGGAGAAGAAAGCGUACGACGUGGAGUUUGAGGACGACGACGACGAACAGGAAAAGCAAAAGAUCACUUACGGGAGCGAGAAGCUUUCCAAAUAUUUUGCUGCGGAUCGAAAUGACCAACGGAAGCGACAUGAGUACUUCCGGGAGCGGUGCCUAGAACAUGUAGCUGAUAUUUAAAGGCAAAAAUUAUUAAAUUGUACCUAACUAAAAGUGGAA